GGGCUUAUGAUUCUUCUAUGGUAGUGCUAGAAGUGGCACUUCCUACGCGUACGCUCUGCGCGGGUGGCGCGUCGGUACGAUCAAGGCGCUUUGGGUAAUACUUAAUAGCUGGUUUGAUUAGUGCGGUCUUGUUUUCGCUAACCGAAGAGCUCUUAGGGUCAAUGACCUCCCAAAGGUCCCUAGUCGCCGCCUUAGAUCUAAAUCGUUCAUUCCAGGCUUUCCUAUUGUCAGGGCCAGUAAGUUUAACAUCUUCGUUGACAGUGGCUAUGGCGAUAUAUGGUCGGUUUAACGUAUCUGCCGUAGCUGUUGUUUCGUUCUGCUGCGUGGGAACGGAAGUUGGGAGUUCAGGUUGCCUUCCCGGAGGAGUGUUGGAAAGCCAACAGCCACGAAUCUACCGUACCGUAGUGAUUGGGCACCAAAGGAUGGGUAACCACUCAAUUGAUGAUGAUGCCCGGUAUUUCUGUACUUCCAAACAGUUGCCCCCUCUUCCUGAUCCUGAGAAUCCCAGUGCCAAGCCAUUUGUCACCUCUGAAAUGCCCUCCCUGACCACCUGCCAAAUCCAACACGGGCACUGCCGAUGGGACGCAAUUCUGCAAAUCACAAGAUGGGGAGAAAAGGAAGAGAAGCUGGAAGAGCACUCGCGAUGCAGAGGUCAAAUGCUAGAGCAGAUGGGGCAUGUGCACUCAGAGGCAGGUGCCGCCAUAUGCACUCCGACGGCAGAUGCCCUCACAAACUCACAUUUCACGUCUCAAAGUGCACGUGUAGUUCUUGAAAUCACUACACCCCGUAGAAGAAUCUGGAAGGUAUGGAGGCCAUUGAUCCAGUUUCCAGAUCGCAGCCUUUCAAGUCCAGAUUCGGAGUCCAAAAAAACAUGAAUUGCAAAACAGUGACAGAGUCGCCAUAAAAGUAAUCCCAGGAACAAGCUAUCCACCACGGAAAUUGGAAAACUCUCCGGAAACUCCCCAUUAAAGAUUAUGAAGUUUGCCGUCUUUAACUUCGUUCGGGACUGGGG